ACACCUGUCAUAGAGAUUUUGUGUGAUAAGUUAUUUUUAUACUGUUAUAUUGAUGCACAGUAUGUUUUGGUCACAUCACGUUUGAAAUAUUUCACUCUUUGUGCAGCAUUUUGUCUGUGUUCGUGAGGCUGCGCCGUCAUAAAGUACACCUGUUGUAGUGAUUUAUAGUGUGUUUGGUCUGUGCUGGUGACGCUGUGCCGUCAGAAAGUUCACCUUUCCAAGAUAUUUCGUGUGGUGAAUUAGACAUGGAUCCACUGUUGCCCACCCUGAGCAUCGUUGACACCAGUGUGCCACAGGACAGACAACAGUGCUUUCUUAAAGCAUCGAAGGACGCCAAGACCCUGGCCUCUCGCAACAGGUGCUUCGAGCGGAACACUAGCCAGGACAAAAAAAACUGCUUGUGAGGAAGCUAAAAAAAGAUGCCAGCACAUUACUUGUGCGCCAUCUGAGGUCCAGUAUCUCGGCCAGCUCAUUCUAAACUUUGGCAAGUACAAUGGACAAAGUUUUAAAUGGCUGGUGGAGAACGACGUUGGCUACAUUAAAUAUGUGCUGGAUCUACACAUCAAGGAGCGUCGCCAUCAAGGAAGAAAAGAGGGCCCAGGUGAGUAUAUAAAGGAUCUUCUGUUACAGUAUGUGCAACUGUUUCCACAGGUUUCCUGCCACCUCGAGGUCAACGUCGACAGUGCCAUCUACGGUCAGGGCCGCUUCAGAUCCUUCACGUUCCUGGAGAUGUGGCAGUGGUACAGCCUGCACAAGACCCUGCAGGCGGAUCUACAAGCUGGUAGUGCCCAAGAAAAGAAGAUGGCACAGGAGGCGUUCUGCUCUGUGCGGCAGUGGCUGACGAUGAAGGAGGAGGACAUCAGCGUCAAGACACUGAAGCGGUUCCGGCAGUACAUUCUCAACAAAGAGAAACCCCUAGAAGACAGGCCUCUUCCUGCAGCGGCGGCCAGCUCCAGCUCGUCGGGAUCUAGAGGUGAUGGUGGAUGGGCGGAUGAUGCGCUACUGGUGGAAGCCCUCAGUGCUUUCGAAGCACAAGCAGUUGAGGACAAAGGCGGUCUGCCGAAGAAACCACUCAGCUUCCCUGAAAGACAAGGAGCCGGGGAAACAAAGAGAAGAAAACGUUCCUGUGAAGAUCUUUCACAGAAGCCACACUCAGACUCUCCACUGUCUGCUGCUCCUGCGUCGACUUCUUUAUUGGAGGCUCCUGCAUCAGCCUCAUUAGUUCCUGGCCAGUCUUCUUCAUCGGCUCCUGCAUCAGCCUCAUCAGUUCCUGGCCAGUCUUCUUCAUCGGCUCCUGCAUCAGCCUCGUCAUUUCCUGCCUCGGCUUCUUUAUCGGCUCCUGUAUCAGCCUCGUCAGUUCCUGCCUUGGCUUCUUCUUCGGCGGCUCCUACAUCAGCCUCGUCAGUUCCUGCCUCGGCUUCUUCAUCGGCUCCUGCAUCAGCUUCUGUGUCAGCUUCUGACGUUCAACCUAGAAGGUCAUCUGGUGGGUCAACACACAGUGACCCAGCACAUUCUGAGGUGUUAUUUGAGGGUUGGCACAAGAUGUGGGAGUCUGGUCUUCAUGGGCUGCCCAGUGCAGACAUACUGUGGCUUAAGGAGGAUGCUGAAAGGGGACUCUUUCAGAGGGCCAUGUCUUAUAAAGACAAACAUGGAAACAGAAAGUGGAGGAAAGUCCUGAAGGAUGACCGGAUGUGGUUUCACCCUCCAGAAUUUCCUGGAGUGGUGGAAGGAAAAGUCCCCUCAGCAGACUCCUUUUUUCACAGCUCCGUUUUUUUCUGGAGACCAGUCGGUGUGUGGCGUUACAGUCUUCGGUGCCCAAGGUCUGACUGCCCAGCACGCACCAAUCAGAAGGCUUUUCUCUACCGUUGUGGGUAUUCAUCCACGGUAAGACAGAUCUGCCACAUGUCUGGCUGGUACUCCAUGCUGACUGAGGUCCUGGCAUGCAACGCCUGUAGAAAGGCUGCAAAGGAGUCGGAAGAGCAUACUAUUGGUCGUUUCCUGUCAUGGGAUCAGUGCAUCCUUAAUCAGCUCAGUCCAGCUCACAGAGCGGUGUUUCCUGCUGUCUUGACGCUACGGUGAGUCUCUAGCAGAAUACAAAUCAUUGUAAA